CAUCGAUCGAGACAUUGAUUCUCAUUUCUUUUGCGGCGUCUGGGACAUGCGAUACAUGAGAAACAUUCGCCUCGUGGUCACGACGAGUGCUGUGACUGCGCAAGGUGCAGUGCCAACAGUGCCAGCGGCCUAGGCGUCCAAAGCCCGUCUUCAGCUCAUCGAUUUGAGCAUGCCAAGCAUCGCAGCGCGCAUCUCUGCUCGAAUGUCAAAUUUAUAUGCCGAAAUAAACCUCAGAGUUUCUCGUCAGCGCAUGGGCUCUCUGAGUCGGAUGGGCUGGCUCAAACGUCGCGCUUCUAAUCUCCACCCACCUCUCUCCGAUUGCUUGUGGCCCUGUGCGUUGAGCGCAUGCUUAACGGCCUCGUCGUGUGCGGCAGCGAACUUUUCCGUGCUUUCAGUCACGCGCGCCUUGUAGUUUGCGACUUGGUUUUUGUGUGCAGGAGUCAUAAAGGAAUUAUGAGAAUCUCUCGCUG